CGAACUUAGGGUUUUCCUUUUAAUUUUCCCUUCCACUGUCUCUGUCUGUCUCGACCGAGAGGUUUCUCUGCAGCUCUGCUUUCUCCGUCUCUCUUCCUAUCUUAUUAUUCUGGUAUUCUUUUUCCCCUUAAUCGCAGAAAACAUGGUGAAGGGUCCUGGUCUCUAUUCCGACAUCGGCAAAAAGGCCAGAGAUCUUCUUUACAAGGAUUACCAGAGCGACCACAAGUUCACACUUACUACCUAUACUUCCACUGGAGUUGCUGUUACUUCAACGGGAAUAAAGAAAGGAGAGCUGUUUUUGGCUGAUAUCAAUACUCAGCUGAAGAACAAGAAUAUCACGACUGACAUCAAAGUGGACACCAACUCCAAUGUCUUUACAACUAUCACUGUUGAUGAACCUGCACCCGGACUAAAGACUAUAUUGAGCUUUAAAGUCCCUGAUCAAAGAUCUGGCAAGGCAGAGCUCCAGUACUUGCAUGACUACGCAGGUAUCAGUGCUAGCAUUGGAUUAACUGCAAAUCCUAUAGUUAACUUCUCGGGUGUGGUUGGAACAAGUGCUGCCUCCGUUGGGACUGAUCUUUCCUUUGACACUGCAAGUGGGAACUUUACGAAAUUCAAUGCUGGUGCUAGCUUAUCCAAUGCUGAUCUCAUUGCUUCUUUGACCUUGAACGACAAGGGUGAUACCCUGACUGCUUCCUAUUACCACAUCGUGAGCCCCUUGACCCACACGGCAGUUGGUGCAGAGCUGACUCGUACAUUCUCUAGCAAUGACAACACCCUCACCUUUGGUACUCAGCAUGCAUUGGAUCCCUUGACCACCGUUAAGGCUCGGCUGAACAACUAUGGAAAGGCUAGUGCACUCAUCCAGCAUGAGUGGCGGCCCAAGUCACUUUUAACCAUAUCCGGAGAAGUGGACACACGAGCCAUUGAGAAGAGUGCAAAGGUUGGAUUGGCUUUGGCUCUCAAGCCCUAAAUGAAUCAACUGUUUUUUUGCUUCUCGAGGUCGAGGGGAAGAAGGGCUCCCUCCCCACCUUGGUGGAACGCAAUAAGUUAGGUAGGAACAGAACAAAGUGGGUCUGUUUUUCAUCUACUGACUUUUAUUCUAUUCCAUGGUUUUACUCGGCUUCCUUCUUACUUGGUGGUGUUGUGGGUUGUAAAAAUAAUUCUAGCCAGUGGCAUGAACUGCAUAAUCUUCAUUCACGUUCCAUCUUCCCAUGUUUCUUUUUGGAAGAAUACAUACUUGCGCGUUAGCAGGUAGUUUACUUUCGAAAA